AUUUAAAAGAUAUUUUGGCCGGUGUUAAGUAAAAAAGACCCAAUUUUUUAAGGAGAGAAAAAAAAGAUUUUUGGGUUUGGGUUAAACCAUUAAUUAAUUAAAUACAUAGUUUUUUUUUUUAUAUUAUAUUCAAUCAAUUUUUAUUUUAUUUUUUUUUUUUUUAGGUUGCGUUAUAUAUAACUAUAUAUUAACCCAAUAACAUUUUAAAAAAAAGAAUAAAUAAUUAGCAAAAAAUUAUUAAAUAAUAAUAAUAUAAAAGAUAUAUUAAUAUUAUAUGUACAUUAAUAGCAGAAAUAAUAAUACUACAUAAUAGUGUAUUGUAUUUUAAAAAAUUUUCUUUUUUUUUUUUAACAUAAUAUUAUAAUUUUUAAUAAAAUUAAUAAUUAAUUAAAAAAUAAACAAUAACUAAUAAUUAAAAUUAGAUAGGUAAAAAAAAAAAAAUUCAAUAAUAAUAAUAAAAUUUUAAAUCAAUUAUAAAAUUUUUGUAAAUAGUUUUUUAAAUAAUAAAUAAUAAAUAUAAAUAAUAAAAUGACAAAAGAUAAUAAUAUCAAAUUAAAACAAUCAAAUAAUAGUAAUAAUAAAAUUAAAAAAUCAAAUAGUGGGAACAUUAAAAAAUCAUCAACCUCCGAUAAAUUAAAUAAAGUUAGUAAUAAUAGUAAUAUAUAUAAUGACGAUCUUCUAAUAGAGUUCUAUAAAGAUGAUAUUCCAUUCAGUAAACAGACAUUAAACAACCUUAGUUUACUCUUAAACAAUCAAACAACACGUCGUAUAUUCAUCCAAUUCUCUGAAAAAGAACAUUCACACAACCAUGUUCUCUUUUGGCAAGAGACAAAGGAGUUUAAAGAAAAAUUUAUUGAAAUAAAUCAAGAGCAAUUAUCAACACAACCAGAAACACAAAACCGUGAUAUAACGAUGAUGAAUAUAGAUGGUAAAACAUCUCAUUCACCUGCCAUGCCAUCAGUUACACCAAAUCAAACUGCAACUGGUGACUCUGAUACCCAAUCCAAUAAAAAUAAUAAUAACAAUAAUGGCGAACCAUCAACCCCACGUAAAAAUGGUGCUUCAUUAAAUGAUGAAGCCUCAUCAUCAUCAUCAACCUCACCAUCAACAACAUCACCACAAUCAACAACACCAACAAAUAAUAACAAUAAUAAUAAAUCACCAUCACAAACUAGAAAAAUUCAAUCAAGAAAGAGUCAAUUUCUUUCUGGUAAUCGUGUGUCCCGUGAGGCCACCCCUGAUGAUACCGACGAUGAUUCUGAAAAUGAAAUAGCUAUGAUGCAAAAAACUAACCUUAAAAACUGUCUAUAUAUUUUUGAUAAAUACCUCACCCCAUCAUCCGAGUUGGAAGUAAAUUUAGAUUUUAAGACAUUUAUAGAAAUAAAGAAGAAAAUUGACCAAAACCAAAUCACCGCGAAUAUUUUUGAAAAAUCACAAAAAGAAAUCCAAGAAGUUAUUGCCAAUGAUUCUUAUUUCCGUUAUAAAUCCUCAAAUACUUUCCGUUAUCUUUUAACUUGUGCUGAACAAUUUGAAAAAGAUAAUAGUUUAAUACCAUCAGGUGACAAACCAAAAUUAAAAUCAAGAAAAUCAAAAUUCUUUUGUAUGUAGUUUAUAUAAUAAAAAAUC